AUGGAGAAAGUUUCUAUCUGGAAGAAUACACUUUGGCCAGGAGAUGAUGGUGGCUUCCACAACAUUACCCAGAGAAGCCCAAAGUUGAUAUCAUACUUGAAGCCCCAAACGUCCAUACAGUCGAUGCCACUUACGGUGGUGCUGCAUGGUCCUGCCGGUGUCGGGAAAACCACAGUGGCCAAACAGCUGAUGCUGGACUGGACACAGGACGACCAGGCAGAGACAUCCAGUUCCGCCUUCUAUCUCAGCUGCAAGGACCUCAACCACAAGGGGACGUGCACUUUUGCAGAGCUGAUAUCUGCGAAUGGGCCGGAUUUACAGGAUGCCAUUCCAGGGAUCCUCACCCAAGCACGGAAAAUCCUGUUCGUCGUUGAUGGCUUUGAUGAGCUGAGAGUCCCCUCGGGGGCGCUCAUCCAUGACAUAUGCGGCGACUGGAAGAAGCAGAAGCCAGUGCCCGUCCUCCUGGGGAGUUUGCUGAAGAGAAAAAUGUUACCCAGGUCCACUUUAGUGAUCACCACUCGACCGGGGGCCCUGAGGGGGCUCCGGCUCUUGGUUGAACAGCCACUCUUCAUAGAAAUCAAGGGGUUCUUGGAGCUGGACAGGAAGGCGUAUUUCCUGAAACACUUUGAAGAGGAGACGCAAGCCCUGCGAGCUUUCGAGUUGAUGAAGGAGAACGCAGCUCUGUUCCACAUGGGCUCAGCGCCUGCUGUGUGCUGGAUUGUCUGCACGUGUCUGAAACGGCAGAUGGAGAGGGGGGAAGACCCUGCCUCGACCUGCCGGACCACCACGUCCCUGUUCCUGCGAUUUCUCUGCAGCCAGUUCACAGCAGCUCGCAACAGCUGCCCCAGUGACUGUCUCCAAGCUUCGUUGAAGUCUGUGUGCCUCUUGGCUGCUGAGGGCAUAUGGACACAGACAUCUGUGUUUGAUGGAGAAGACCUCAGGAGACUUGGGGUAAAGGAGUCUGCCCUCUGUCCUUUCCUGGACAAGAAUAUUCUCCGGAAGAGCAAAGACUGUGGGGCCUGCUACUCUUUCAUCCACCUCAGCGUCCAGCAGUUCCUUGCCGCCAUGUUCUAUGUCUUGGAGACGGAGAAGGAGGACGUGGGUGGCCACAGGUGCCACAUUGGGGAUGUGCAGAAGCUGCUGUCCAAGGAAGGAAGACUGAAGAACCCCAACCUGACCCAGGUGGGCUACUUCGUAUUUGGCCUCUCCAACAAAGAAAGGGCCGUGGAGCUGGAGACGACUUUUGGCUGUCUGGUAUCCACGGAGGUCAAGCAGCAGUUACUGAAAUGCAGAUCAGUGCCCCAUGGGAAGAAGCCCUUCUCAACCGUGGACGCGAAGGAGGUUUUGUAUUGUCUUUAUGAAUCUCAGGAGGAGGAGCUUGUGGAGGAUGCAAUGGCCCCCGUCACGGAGAUCUCUAUCCACUUGACAAGUACAUUGGAAAUGAUGCAGUCUUCUUUCUGCCUUAAACACUGUCAAAACUUGCAGAAAAUCUCACUGCAGGUAGGAAAGAGGAUAUUCCUGGAGAAUGAUACCACGUUGAAAUCAGAUGCUCAGGUUGAGAGGUCACAGCACGACCAUCAUUCUCUUCACCUCUGGGCAGAUCUCUGCUCUGUGUUCAGUUCAAACAAGAACCUGAACUUUCUGGAUGUGAGGGAAAGCUUUCUGAGUCAAUCCUCAGUGAGGAUUCUUUGUGAGCAGAUAACCCAUGUCACCUGUCAUCUCCAGAAAGUCGUGAUUAAGAACGUCUCCCCUGCCGAUGCUUAUCGGGACUUCUGUCUGGCUUUCAUUGGUAAGAAGCCUCUGACACACCUGGUUCUGGAAGGCAGUGUCCACGGUGAUGAGAUGCUGUUGCUGCUGUUGAGUGAGAUCCUGAAACAUCCAAGAUGUGAUCUGCAGCAUCUGAAGUUGGGUUCUUGUUCUGACACCCCUCAGCGGUGGGCUGAUUUCUCCUCGGCCCUCAAAAUCAACCAGUCCCUGAAAUGCCUGGAUCUCACGGCCAGUGAGUUUCCGGAUGAGGGUGUCAAGUUGCUGUGUUCGACUCUGAGACACCCAACGUGUUUCCUGCAGAAAUUGUCGUUGGAAAACUGUCACCUUACAGAAGCCUGUUGCGAGGAGCUGUCUUCUGCUUUGAUUGUCAACCAGAGGCUGACCCACCUGUGCUUGGCCAAAAACAACCUUGGCGUUGGCGGGGUGAAAAUUCUGUGUGAGGGCUUGAGUUACCCCGAAUGUCAACUACAGACCUUGGUGUUGUGUCAUUGCAACAUAAACAGACAUGGCUGCAAAUACAUCUCAAAGCUUCUCCAAGGAGACUCCAGCCUGACAGACUUGGACCUGAGUUUCAACCCCAUAGCCACUGGACUGUGCUCUCUCUCUGAAGCUUUGAAGAAACCAAACUGUAACCUGAAAUGUCUAGGGCUCUGGGGCUGUUCCAUCACCCCUUUCAGUUGCCAGGAUCUCGCCUCUGCUCUUAUUAGCAACCAGAGCCUAGAAACUCUGGACCUGGGCCAGAACACCUUGGGGCAGAGUGGCAUAAUGGUGCUCCUGGAGGCUUUAAAACAGAAGAAUGGCCCCCUAAGGACACUCAGGUUGAAGAUAGACAAACCUACCGUGGAAAUCCAGAAGCUGUUGAAGGAUGUGAAAGAAAGCAAUCCACAGUUGACGACUGAAUGCAGUAAUGCCAGAACAGCCAGGUCCUUAUGUUGUCACUUCCUUUCCUGAAGGAAGAUAACUCUCUCGCGUGUCCCCAAAGAGGGCCGUCUGAUAUCUCUAAGACAUCUCAUUAAUGAAGGACGUCAAACGUUAAUUACGUUUGACGUUCAAAUCAAAAUGUAGAUCAAAAUGUAGAAUUGGGCACUGGUUUUUCACCCUCUGGUUUCUGGUAAAUUCCGCACGAGUCACGUACCCACUUGAUGUUAAAAUGUUUUCUCUCACAAGGAUAAUAAAAAGCAAAGCACUUUGUUUGAUGCUGUACUUAUUAAUAUGCCCAGCAGCUAACUUAGGGUAAACUUGGCUUACUUAGUCUAGGAACAAAUGUUACCAUGUUCAUAGAUGAUUACGUGGGUUUCUUGUAUUUUUCUGCCCUCGUGCAGGUAUUUCUUGGCCUAAUAUAAUAGUUGCCCAAUGAGCCUACAUGAUCAGUGUGGCUUGUGGUUUUCUUUUUUUAUCAGUUUUAUGAUAUUCUAAUCCAGGAGUUGGUAAGCUUUCUCUGUAAAGGGCCAGCUAGCUAAUACUGGGUUAGUCAAAAAGUUCAUGUGGGUCUUUCCAUAAGAUGUUAUGGAAAAACCCAAACGAACUUUUUGGGCUAACCCAGUAUUUUGGGUUUUGCAGGCUCUAUGGUCUGUCAUAACUAUGCAUCUCUGCCAUUAUAGUGUGAAACAGCCAAAGACAAACACAUAAGUGAGUGGACGGGGUUGCAUUCCAAUGAAACUUUACAAAAACAGGCAACAGGCCAGAUUUGGCCCAUGUGUUAUGGUUUGCCAGUUCCUGUUCUGAACUAUGCUGUUAUUGAGAAGCAUACACCUGACCACAUCACUCUUCUCUUUAAAUGUUCAGUGAUUCUGUGUGUACGUAAUCCGUACCUGUUGCUGGUAACUCGUAGAAAAGGCUGGAAAGCCAGUCCAGAACUUUAAAAAAUAAAGUCACCAUUUGGUGCUAAUUUCUAGGCACUGACAAAAGUGAGUAAUCGCUCCUUUCUUAAUAUGUCCACCAAACUUAAGAGGUAGGUGAUAAGACUACCUUAAGUAGUCUUAUACAGGAGUCUUUAUCGAUAGGGAACAUGAUCAUAAAGUCCCAGUUACAGAAACAGUGGCCUAUAGUUAGUGAUUCAGGUUGAAAGCUUAAACAACACAAUUUGUUUUGGAUUUAGGAUAACGUUUUCAGUGAACUUUUCUCCCUGACAGUUUUCACCUGAUAACUGUAAAACCCCCAAAUUUCACAUUUUUAGGUGAGAUGAAAUGUAUUUUUAAAACUUUAUUCUUGGCACUUCCCUGGUGGUGCAGUGGUU